UCAAACCAAAUAAAAACACAUUUCUUCUAUAUUUAUAUAUAUGACAAAGACAAUGGCGACCUCAAGCAUCAAGACCAUACCAAUAAUGGCGAUUCCAAGUUUCAACGUUUGCCACAAGCUCGAGCUCCUCAAAGAACAAGGCAAAAGCCUUGACCCAAAACGCCAAGAAGGAGAAAGAGAAGAAGAAGGGCUGAGCUACGAGUUCCAAGAGAUGUUGGAGUCUCUUCCUAAGGAGAGAGGUUGGAGAACUCGUCACCUUUACCUAUUCCAAGGCUUUUGGUGCCAAUCCAAGGAGAUUCAAGCUAUCAUGUCCUUCCAAAAACAUUUCAAGCCGCUCCAAAACGACGUCGUUAUUGCAACUAUACCAAAAUCCGGUACAACAUGGUUAAAAGCUUUAACUUAUACACUCCUUAACCGACACCGGUUUGAUCCGGUUUUCUCGACCACCGACCACCCACUCCUCACGUCCAACCCUCAUGACCUAGUACCAUUCUUGGAGUACAAGCUGUACGCGAACGGAGAUGUUCCUGAUCUCUUCGGUCUAGCCAGUCCAAGAACAUUCGCAACUCACGUCCCUUUCGGUUCUCUGAAGGAUUCCAUCGAGAAACCUGGCGUGAAGGUCGUGUACUUAUGUCGGAACCCGUUCGACACAUUCAUCUCCUCGUGGCAUUACACCAACAGCAUAAAGUCGGAGUCAGUGAAUCCAGUCUCGUUGGACGAAGGGUUUGAUAUGUACUGCCGAGGACUGAUAGGGUUUGGUCCGUUUUGGGAACACAUGUUGGCAUACUGGAAAGAGAGCUUGAAGAGACCUGACAAAGUCUUGUUCUUACGCUACGAAGAUCUCAAACAAGACAUAGAGUCUAACUUGAAGAAGCUUGCAAGUUUCUUGGCCGUUCCUUUCACUGAAGAAGAGGAAAGAAAGGGUAUUGUGAAGGCAAUCGUGGAGCUGUGUAGCUUUGAGAGUUUAAAGAAGCUGGAGGUGAACAAGGCGGGCCAAUCGAUCAAGAACUUUGAGAAUAGGCACUUGUUUAGGAAAGGAGAAGUGAGUGAUUGGAUUAACUAUCUCUCCCCUCCACAAGCUGAGAGAUUGUCAGCGUUAGUGGAUGACAAGUUAGGUGGAACUGGUCUCACUUUCAGGUACUGCUGAACAAGGUCAUGCACGUCUUCACGUUUCUAAGUUUGUGUGUUGAGGGGGGCCUUUCAUUUGAAGUUAAGUAUUAAAAACAACAAAAGUGUAAGCAGUUGGUUUGUUUGUUAUAGACAGAAGAAAAAAACAAUGAAGCAACGUGAACACUAGUUUGUCGAUUUUUAUUUUAAUAAAUAUCACUGUGCUUGCCAUUAUGUUUUUUUUUAAUUAUUGUUUUUUAAGUGUUAUAGUUUGGGUGUGGCUGAAUGUAUCAAAAGA